AUGGAUCCGUCACACCUUUUUCUGUCCAUGGCGGACGCCGACUUUUCUAGAUAUGACCACCACAUGGAUCCAGACGGCAUCUACGCAGACGAGUGCAACUCGCCUUGUGCAGAGUCUUGCAGGAGUCAGUGUGGCGAAGACGGUGAGGCCGACAUCUGCUACGACCCAAAUUGCGACGAAAUUUCAGACCUUUGCACCAACGAUAGCUGCGUCGACCAGAUCAAAUGCUGCCCUGUAUCAUGCCCUGUUCCCGCCCUCUCGGAAAACGACGAAGAUGCUGCUGUUACGCUUGCGUCUAUAGGUUCGGGCGACCAGCCUGCGGGGAGCCUGCUCGACGGCGACCUUUCUCUCCAUUCUCAGGACUCGCUUCACCUCGCUUCCUCCACCUCUCCGCAAACCUCCCUCAUGUCCUCCCCCAUCUCUCGACUCACACUCAUCGAUGACUUAAUACUGCACCACAACCCUAGUCAACCUCCUCAUGCAACCCCUCACUUUCGCCCGUGCCCGUUGGACAAUGCCACCUUCAUCACGAGACGGUGCAUGCUGCCCCGGUCCGUGUACGACGGCGCGGACGCGCAAUGCGUGAUACAAGCCACGGAAGCGACGAAUCCGCACAUGCUCGCAAACCCCUGCGGCGUCUUUCUGUCUGGCCCAGACGAUGUGAUACCGCACAUUGCUAGCACCCACCCGCACGCCUUCAACACGUUGCAGUCUUAUCUCGAGGCUGGCGCAACAUACUCGAGGUUAAACGAGUCUAACCGACUCGCCUUUUACUCGCCAUGGAUGCCAUGGGUGUCGCAAAGCCUGGCGACGGCCGGAGCCUACUCGACGCGUGCAAUAGCACGACUCCUUCCUCGACGCCUCAUGAUUCCGCUACCCCACAAACUCAGCAAAGUGACGCAACCUUUGACACCCUCGACCUCGGGCCUCAGUUCUGCUGCAAAUGGCAAGAGGACACAGGCCUCGUCUGCAACCAAAGUUUCGACGACGCGGAGAGCUUACACCAACAUGUGCUGA